AUGUUGGUGACGAUGAGGGUGGGGGUAGAGCGUUGGGGGGUGUCCGUUGAUGCCCUUGAGAAAAUUAUCGAUUCGGGAGUCUGCCCCCGGCUGUCCUCUCCCCAAAUUGUGUGCGUGUGGCCAACUACCACCCAACACAUUCUUCUUGUUGCGCAGACUAACAGCACCAGCGUCAGCGCCUAA